AUGGUAGAGGAAGCUGGAGCCACACAGGGCAACUCUGUUGUGAAAAUCGAUAACCAGCAAAUAGCGGUAGUAUUCGACAAUCCUCAUUUAUUGAAAAAUGCUAAGAACAUGCUAAUGAAGCAUAAUGUCGUUUUUAAUGGCAAAAUAGCAUCAUUUAAUCAUAUAAGAAAUUUAUAUCAUGUGGACUGUGUAUCAACCCCUCGGUUAGUACCUAAACUCAAAGAGAAGUUUGUGAACCCUACUCCAUUCCUAGCAAUGAAUGUAUGUCAAGCAACUCGUACGUUGAGUAAUUCGGUUGCCAAAGGACUCGAGUACUACGUACAGACCCAUGAACUGCAAGACUCUGCUUUGGAUACGGCUGCUUUUGUUGAGUUCCAUGACAUGCUUUUUGAUGUGUUCAAUAGUAGAAGCAGCAGUAGCUCUAAAAAGCCAUAUCGUGGCCCCAUAACCGCGGAAUCUUGCCACUGGAGCUUUCUGGAAGUAGCUGAAGGUAUACUGAAAAGCAUGUACUAUACCUCUAACACGUGCUUCGAUACUCGAAAAGCAAAGAAGGAAUCCAAAACUUUAACAACCAAACAACGAAAACCGAACUAUUUGAGAGGAUUCAUUGAUAAUAUCAACUCCAUUCGUUGGUUGUGGAAAACACUGUGCGAAGAAUUUGGCAGCACCGAACUCUGUACGAAUUACUUAUGUCAGGAUUGUGUCGAGAACCUUUUUGGAGAAAUUCGAAGCUGCUUUCAGGUGUGCGGCAAUAUCAGCCUCAGGAAAUGA